UCUUGAAACAACCAAAGAAGCAACUAAAGAAGCAACUAAAGAAGCGACAAAAAAAAAAUGGUCAAAAAACUAGCAAAAAUGCCGCUAACGGGAUGAGCAAAAGUUAUGCAGUUUCCACAGCCAAGUCUGCGUCAAAAGAUGCUCAAGAACAAAAAACACAGUCACAUGUCACAAAAAACACUCAUACCUAUGAAAUCCGGAAAAACGCAUCAAUAGGAGACACAAUGCAGGGAAUCUUCAAGAGGGCUCCUAAAAAAACAAUCACGUCUAUGAAUGCCGAUUCCUCCAAAAAAGUUGGUACAAAGUAUUUAAAUUAUUGUAAUGAGAACAUGAUAGGAGCGAAGAAUGAAAAGAUAAUAGUACAAGAACCUUGGACAGAAAGAGUUGAGAGUUUUUUAUCCAAUCAUGAAAUAGAAGAAUUUCCCUUAUCAAAAAAAUAUUUUCCGUACUCCUCCCUCGGGACAAAGUCGAAAACAGCCCUGUAUUUCUCGCAACAACAUUCCCUUGUUCAUGAUCCGUUACCCCCCUCCCUCGGGACAAUGUCGGAAACAUACGUGUAUUCCUCGCAACAACAUUCCCUUGUUCAUGAUCCGUUACCCCUCUCCCUCGGGACAAUGUCGGCAACAGACCUGUAUUCCUCGAAACAACAUUCCUUUGUUCAUGAUACGUUACCCCUCUCCCUCGGGACAAUGUCGGCAACAGACCUGUAUUCCUCGAAACAACAUUCCUUUGUUCAUGGUACGUUACCCCUCUCCCUCGGGACAAUGUCGGCAACAGACCUGUAUUCCUCGAAACAACAUUUCUUUAUUCAUGGUACGUUACCCCUCUCCCUCGGGACAAUGUCGGCAACAGACCUGUAUUCCUCGAAACAACCUUCCCUUGUUCAUGCUUUGAAUGGAAAUACCAUUAACACUACAAAUAAAGAUUUCUUUUCUUUUUUUGGUUGAUCAUCUUGUUCGUUAUGGUACCACGGUCUUCAUAAUCCUUCUCAAGUAUGGAGAUCGACCAAGUUAAGUUAAAAACAUGCGUGAAAGCUGUAUUGACGAGUUCAUGAAUGACAAGAUGCUCGACCUCACGAUGGAUCCAAUCUUGAAAUUGCUUGAUUGACAUUGACAUUUGACAUUUAUUGUUUUCAAUUAAUACACUAAUAUUUACACUUUUACCUGCAAGUAGCUUAAUGCUAUUCUAGGCAAGUUAAAAGGAAAGACAAACAUCUAUAAUUGCAAUAAUUACAAUAUUAUGGUGCAAAUAAAAACCAAAAAAGAAAAAUAUUUACAAUUAAUAGAUAUGCAUGAUUAAGUGUUAUUUAUAAUGAAUAUCGAUACGUAUUUAUAGUUUAUAAUAUAUAAAAGACAAUUGGAUAAGAUAAAGUGUGAAACAAACACAAUCGGAAGUAGAAGUCGCACGGGGCUUCAAGCCGCAUCUUACCAAAAUAAAGGGCUAAAUGUA